CAUGGUUUGCUUGCACAUUUCAUGGCAGACGCCGCACGUGUUAGCUUGAGAGCACGCCAUGGAGACCAUGAAGCUCGACAACAUCUUUGAUGCAGUAGUAAGCUUGGGUCCAAACUGCUUGCCCGCGUACCGGAUCGCCAAGGCUGGUUUCAAGCGUCGAUCCUUUCCAUUUGAUGUGCUCAUGACGGGCUGUGAUGGCUGGACCUGCGAAGAGUCAACAGUUCAUUCAUCGCCAGUCGGACUUCAGCUGGUAGUAGAGUCAUUGAAACGAGAGCCUCCUUUCCUUGACUUUGUGUCAACCAUGACCCCGUUGCCACACAUCAACGCUGUGGGAAAUGCUGGCUUUACCGACCCAGAGUUCAUACCAUCAGCGCACAUCCACGAUGACCCUCGUGAGCCCGCGGUUGCAGAGACCUACCAUCGAAGAGCACAGCGCUUUCUGGCGCUGUUGAACUCUGGAUAUCGAGUUCUCUUUCUUUACACGCUUAGGCUGCGAGAGUUGAGCAGUGCCAAGCACUUCAUGAACGUGGCAAAACGCCUCCCAGUGGAAGCAGCACGCCUAAGGGCACUGCUAAAGAGUCGUUGGCCUCAAAGCAAGAGUGCUUUGCUUCUGGCUGUGCUUGGAGAGCUUCCACCCGUGCCAGCAGCCCAAAAGGCCCUUGAGGUUGCCUAACACCAGAGAUGCAAAAUGGUCAGCCUUUUGAUACCUUUUGUUCAGUUCAGUCUUAACCCACAAGGAAGUCAUUCUCGUUGAUUUUGAGUAGCAACUCAAAUUAUCAGCUUGGUGGAACCAUCAGUAUCAACUAGCCACAUCGUAAGAGUUCUGAGUUCAGGUCAUGAUAGCAAGUUCUCUUGAACGCGCAGACUUUGAUGACCUUUUUGUAAGGCUUGCUUGAGCCGACUGGACAAGAUCAAUGAGACCGAUGCGGCUUAGUCCUUGAAGUGCACAAAUUCAACAGCCAAUAUGAGCUGCUAUGAGCUGUUUUCUGUUGCUCAAAUGAUUGACUUUAGAUAAGGGUGGAACCAGUGGAACCAAAUGCUUGCUUGAACCGCAAAGGUGCUCCUGUGCUUCAAGGUUUGCAUCGGCUUGUGUUGGUGCAUUGCAGACGAUCCAUGCUCAACCUGCUUAUUAGUCGCGUCCGACCUCUCUCCCUGGCUUGGACCUCUAUGUCACCUCCUCCACGGCCUCAAACGUCUUGCUGCCAAGCUUCGCCACACCGUUAAUGUGUUUGUUGCCACACAAAAACCGGUCUCGAAAGCGUCUAACUCACUUUCAAGCGGAUGGCCGUCGCUUCGGCCAUUUGGAGGCCGUGCAGCGAUUCCAUCGCGCAAUCCCUUUGCUCUCGCGUGCUCCUCUUACGCGCUCCCCCUGCUCAAGCCGGGGUCGGUGGAUUAUGUCGUUCUACUAUUCUACAACAUAAACGACCCCAAACGAAUCGAAGCAACAUUGUUGGAGAAAGAGAAUUGAGAAGGAAGCUACUGCAGCUGCCAUUUGAGGUGUGGAUCAUCACUCGCCACAUUGCUGAUCUUCCAAAAGUCGCCGGUGAUCCUCUGGCAGGCUUUUGGGGGGAUGAUGAGGCAUGGGCAGAUCCUUGGUGGACAGACCGUGCUCAGUUGGUGCGUUUUGAUGCACGUUAAAGUCAGUCACGACCUCAAAGAUGGUCAACGUGACCAAGAUCACGCAAGCCAGCCGAUAGGCCAGGUUUAACACGACACUCUUUUUGGCCUUUUUUUUUUGCAUGAUUUGCAUUUUGAGUGUAGUUGUGGGUAGGUUGAGGG